AUGGUGGCAGUUUCCCCACGCCCUUUCAGAGGCGUGCUUGUCGCCGAGCCGCCGCCGUCGCCGCGCUCAACAAUGCGUUUUAGGCUUGGUGCCAAAAUCCAAGUGUGCGACUCGUCGAGCCCAAGCGCAGCAGCUCGGAAUUGCAGCAUUGGUAAGGGCUCGGAUCGACGCCGCGCUGCUCCAAGCCGUCGUCGAUCCUUGGAUGCGAAGGAAGCUGUCGAAAGCUGGAUCAAUGCACAGCCCGCCCUGCUCGGUCCGCCGCGUAGCUCUGUUCGCGAAUCGGCCUGUUGCCCCGAGCUCCGGCAGUGCUUGCUCAUCGCGAGCGUCGAGCAGGCGUCAUUUGGACCCAAGGAGUCGAGGGUGGCUAGGCCAUGCAAAGUGUCUAGCAUUUCGGAUGGCCGGUGUUUGACGACUGGCUGCGCUCACAGACAGGCGCGGUCGCCGAAAGGCCUCGAGACAGGCUCACUCGGUGUCCCUUCGAAUCGAUCUCUGCCUCAGACAGACUCGAGCGUUGAAGAUUAA